UGAAUGUUGUCAUCUUGCCGCCACCUCGCACCAGCCUGACUGUUUAUCCAUUCUUCCACCACCGCCAGCGUAUUGAAUCUGCAUUGCGGGCAAUACUGAUUUUAUACCAAAAUAGUCUCUCGGGAAUUUAUCGUGAUACGAUUACACCGUCUGCACCUUGUCUGGCAUGGUUAACGGCCCCUUUGAUCGCUAAUUCCGGGGUUCGGCUGCGUUUGUUGAGUCGCCUGCCACGACCAGACCGACACACCUUACGAACAUAUUAUAAUAAAGAAUAGCUCAACAUGGCUGAUGAAACAAGCUCCUCUGGCUCAGCUCAGCCGGCGGGCAUCAACCUCAAGAUCGUCUCGCCGUCGCUCAGCGUUACCAAGCCGCUUUUAUUUCCCAACAUUGCCCCGACGACGACAAUCAGACAGCUCAAGGAAAAGAUUCGCGAUGAGCUGCCGCUACGGCCGACCGACGAGAACCAACGUUUAAUCCAUCGCGGAAAAGCGUUACUUAGAGAAACAGAUACUCUUGGCUUUAUUUUUGGACCAGAGGCGGCACAGUCGCCAGAGACACAGACUAUCCAUCUCGUCGUCAGAGAGCCAGCCGACCAAGCACCCCCUUCGUCAACCCCUCUCGCUGCUUCUACACCAAGCGUACCGACACUUUCGAAUCCUUUUCGCCCAACUACAAGCACCCCGCUGUCUGAUCCGACUGGCUCCCAACGACCAGUGAUGCCUUCGAUGCUGGGUCAAGGCCGAAUGCCGUCUCCGGCACCCGCUCCCUUCCCUGAUCAAGCUGGUCGCACUAUGCAGGAUCAGCACCAGAAUCUAAGCAACUGGUUGGCGAAUGUACAGCGAGAGGCUCGUGCAAGAGCCAUCAUAAACCAGGGACAGCGGGGUAGAGCGUACAUGGGUAUGCACGGCCUCGGUGACGGGGCACUACGAAGCGACAGCCCGGCUCCGUCACACACUAUUUAUCGCGAGACUAUUGCACCAAGUGGCCACACAUUUCACCUAGAGACUAGGACUGGUCCUAUAACACGCUCAACACACAUGGAUGCGCUCAACGCCCUUGGCUCUGCUAUGCAGCGUAGCGCGUCCGGCGCUUCCAUGUCCGGGCGCUCUCUUGCACAACCUGGAGUCACGGUUCCGGCUUUUAACAUGCCUGGGAGCGGGCGUGCAACACCAGACCCCAUGGCUAGAACCUCGCUCAACACAUACAGCGCUACUUCGCUUCCAAUGGUAGGAGCCACUCGACCGACUUUCGAGGUCUAUAUUCUCCAAUCCCCGGAUGGCCCGCAGGCCAUCUUGAUGAACACACAAACCACCGAAUCGUAUGCUAGUGCACGAGACUUUUCACCUAUUCGCUUGCCUGGCAUGACAAUCCGACCUGCUAGCUACCCAGCCCAAACACCAGCUGUUCCACAACCAUAUCCGCAGCCAGCUCCCCAGGCCAUGGGCCAAGCACCAGUUCAGCAACCACCGAACCCUCAGAUAGAGCCUAUUCAACCACUUCACGCGAAUAUUGCAGCACCAAACGUUGCCGGGUUGAUGGGGCAACUUGCUCCUCACUUCUGGUCUGCUGUCAGACUGGGUUUCUUUGUCUGGCUUGUAACGAACCAGUACACCAGUUGGACCCGGUUUAUAUUCACUAUUAUUAUCGCGAUCUUCAUAUUUAUUCUAAACACAGGAGCUCUCAAUGGCUACGGCGAGAAUAUCUGGCGACCUUUGGUACAGCGUCUCGAGGUCAUCUUCCCAACAGUGGGAAGACCCGCCAAUGCAGAGCCAGCGGCCGCGACGACAACAGAAGCUACUGCACCAGGGCCAGAAAACUUGCAGCCAGGUGAUAUGGCUGCCAGGCUAUUAGCUGAACACCAAAAUCGCGAGUCGUGGGCCAGCGUACAACUUAGACGAGUGGAGCGCGGGGGCCUCCUCUUCCUUGCUAGUAUUGCACCUGGAAUUGCUGAACGACACAUUGCCCGAGUUGAGGCAGAAGCUAGAGCGGAAGAGCAAAGACGACGAGAAGCAGAAGCCGCCGCAGAAGCAGCAGCAGAGGCAGCGAGGGCUGCAGCAGAAGCUGAGACAGAGAAUGGAGAAAAAGAGAAAACAACCGAAGUCGACGAGACGGAACCCUUGAUUCAGGACGAGCCAACUGACCAAGCCCAAGUUGAAGAAAUUGCAGCGGCAUAAAAUGUACUUGAUUCAUAGAUUUAGACCCCGAAGCAUCACUUACAAGCACAGCCCUUGGGCUCAAUACACCAUUGAGCUUUUAACACAGAUGAGACAUGGGAAAUAGCAUUUAUAGAUCCGAAUUGUAUACCAUUUGAAUUUCUUUCCCUUAAAUAAGCCCGUAUUGCAAAACCAUGUGCAUCGCUAUUGUCUGGAAAUGGG